GGGAAUUCUCAGACCGGAGCUUAGGCCGUCAGCCAGCAAGAGGGGAGAGACUGUGUUUAAGAGGUGACAGCAUCUGACAAUCCUUUUCCUUUCUGCCAGAGUUCCAGAAGAAGGAGGUGCCCCAGUGCACUACAGGUGAGGACAGGAGACAGUCCAAAGAGACAUACAAUCAGGUUGGAAACUUCAUUAAGUAUUUACAUGAGAAUUCAGGUGCCCAUUUGCUCAGGGUAUGAUCACAUAGCUCGGAAAGCUCGAGAAGUAGAGCUGGGAGGUUGGACCUGAGAAGCUUCCGAGGGGCUGAUGUGGUGACUUCUCUGCCACAGUCCGCCAUCUUCAGGAAUCAGGAAUGGGUGAGCGAAGCCGCAAUGCCUCCCAGGACUCAGGCGGCAGCACUGGCCACCUUCUCUGCCUCCUCCCCCACCCUACGCCAGGGCACCUGCACCGUUCUGCAGGCAGGUCCUUCAUGUGGUCUCUGACGGCCCUACUGCUCCUGGUUCCAAGCGGCGGGCAAGCUGCUACUCUGGAGAAGCCCGUAUUGUCUCUACACCCGCCCUGGACCACAAUCUUCAAGGGGGAGCGGGUGACCCUGCGAUGUGAUGGGUACCACCCUCCACUCCUGGAGCUUCGGCCCAUCAGCACUCUCUGGUAUUUGGGCCACCUGCUUCUGCCCUCUCACAAGAAGAGCAUCGAGGUGCAGACGCCAGGGGUGUAUCGAUGCCAGACCCGGGGGGCGCCCGUCAGUGACCCCAUCCACCUGUCUGUUUCCAAUGACUGGCUGAUCCUGCAAGUGCCCUACGCCGCGGUGUUCGAGGGCGAGCCGCUGGUCAUGCGCUGCCGCGGCUGGUACGACAAGGUGGUGUAUAAGCUUCACUACUACCACGACGGCGAGGCGGUGCGCUACUUCCACUCCAGCGCCAACUACACGGUGCCACAGGCGCGCGCCGGCGACAGCGGCCGCUACCAGUGCUCGGGCAUCAUGCGCAUCCCGGUGGAGAGCGCGCCCAUGUUCUCCGCCAAGGUGGCCGUGACCGUGCAAGAGCUGUUCCCGGCGCCGGUGCUCAGGGUGACCGGCCGGGCGGAGGCCCGCGGCGGGGUGGCGGUGCGCUGCGACACCCGCCUGCACCCGCAGAAGCGCGACACGCCGCUGCAGUUCGCCUUCUACAAGUACAGCCGCCCCGUGCGCCGCUUCGACUGGGGCGCCGAGUACACGGUCCCCGAGCCCGAGGUCGAGGAGCUCGAAUCGUACUGGUGCGAGGCCGCCACCGCCACGCGGAGCGUCCGGAAACGCAGCCCUUGGCUGCAGCUCCCGGGGCGCGGUGCCGCCCCGGACUCGGCGUCCACCACCGCCCCAGUCCCACAGGCCGCAGCCUUGGCGCCCGGCAACCAGCCGCUUUCCUUCAGAAAGCCCCCUGUGUCCCGAUCGGCCGCUCCGGUCACCUCCGUCCCGAACAUCACCUCUCCGGGGCUGCGGUUCCCCGCGGGCAGAGCCCCCACUGCUGGGCCCCCAGCCUGCACCCCGCCGACGCCCUGGGAGCCAUCGGCCUCCGGAGCCCUGAAGCCCGACGUGGACCUUCUGCUCCGGGAAAUGCAGCUGCUCAAAGGCCUCCUGAGCCGGGUGGUGCUGGAACUGAAGGAGCCACAGGCCUUCCCAGAGCACGGGGACACCCCCGGGCCCCCCACUUCCCACUUGGCUGUGAGCCCGGCAACGCAGGCGACCGUCGUGGAGAGCUGAGGGGGCCUGGGCGCCACUGUCCCCUCCCCGGGCUCCUUCACCUGCAGCCUCUCCCGCUUGUCACCCGCAGAGACCUCGCGAAGCCACCUCUGCUGGCCUGCGGUCCUUUGGCGGUAGUUCC